AUGGGAGGUUCAAUGAAAAAUUGUGCCUUUGCUACUUUUUCUGAUGAAGAAGAAGCAAAAAAGGCUCUCUUCAGGCUUCAUCAAUUGAAAAUCUUUGACAGAAUUAUUGUAGCUGAGUAUGCAAAAACAUCACAAAAAGAACAUUUUCCACAAUAUAUUGCUGAUGAAAGAAAAACUUUAAAGGAAAACAAAAAGUCCAUUAAGGAAAAAAAAGAAAAUAUAAUCGAAAUUAAACCUCAGGUGGACGAAACUUACCAAAAAUGGGGGAUUCCAUAUUGUGCCAACCCUCGACUACACUAUCAUUAUCCACCUCCAACCAUGUCUACAAUUGCCAACAUUGCUAAUGCUCUUGCUUCCCACCCAAAAUUCUAUGUCCAGGUGUUACACUUAAUGAACAAACUUCAUCUUCCAGUUCCAUUUGGAAAUGUAACACAGGCUCCACCAAUUCCAUAUGAAGAAGACAUGAAGAAUUCUGAAAAUUUGCAAACAGGAGAAAUUUCAUCACAGGAAGAAUCUGAAUUGGAAUCUGAUGAUGAACAGAGAAAUGUUCAAACAUUGGAACCGUCAAUGAAGAGGCCUCAUAAAAAGAAAGUGAAAAGGGACUGGAAAAAGCUGAAAUUGACUUUGCCUGACACCACAAAACUGCCAACUUCAUUACCUGCUUAUUCUGCAAGUGAUGUGUUUGAAGCAAACCCACUUCAACCAAAAAAGAUCCUUUUUAAACUCCCAGAUGCAGUGCCCGAAACUGCAGAAGACACACAACUUCCUGUCAGUGCAACCAACGUAGAUACAGACAUAAACCCAACAGAUGAUUCUGCUUCGACAGGGUUUGGGAAAAUAGCUCCUGUAGAAAAGAAUUUGCUGCCAACAGAUGAGACAGAAUCACAUCAGUCAAAAUCAUUGCAAUUUGUUUCUGCAGAUGAACUCAAACAGGGACGGAUCUCAUCAAAAGAAAUGAAAGAGUUGCCUGUGUUUAAGAAUUAUUCACCUGGAGAACCAUCAAGUCGACUCUAUAUCAAAAAUUUAUCCAGACAUGUUUCUGAAGAAGAUAUUUGGAAAAUCUUUGGAUAUUAUGUGAACUGGAAUGACAAAGAUGAGAAAAACAUGUUUUAUAUUCGUCUUAUGCAAGAAGGACGUAUUCGAGGUCAAGCAUUUGUUACUCUACCCAGUGAAGAAGUAGCCAAAGUUGCCCUUGAAGAUACAAAUGGGUUUGUUUUACACAACCGACCAAUGUUAGUUCAAUUUGCACGCUCUGCAAAACAAAAGGAUGAAAAUAAAAAAUAA